CUCUGGGCCGUGCACUAGUAUCGUACGCUAAAAUAAUUUGAGCCAAUGAGCGCGCCGAUUGAGAAGUGGAAGUUUGCAGAUUGCGGCACGCCCCGGGGUCUUUGCAAAAUCCCUCCGCAAGACGAUAAGGUUAGGUACAUAGGUAGCUAGGCAGCUUCAGAAAGUUUCGAAAACCUACGAACCUCAUUAGACAAAAUCAACCUCACGAUGUCUAAAAGAUCCCACGCCGCUUUCUCCGAGGCCGAAUCUGGAGGACCUUCGUCCCUUGCGUCGAAACGCAGCAGAGCCGACGGCGAGGUGACAGAAACUGCGGACGCACUUGCCGUCCUGUUGGACAAUGCGAAUGAACUGGUGGACUGCCUCAAAUCACUCCAGCAUCAGCGCGAGCGGGGAGCUCUGGGGAUUCAGUCCCUGGAACCAAACACGAGGAAGAGCCUCGCACUCCUCAGCAAAAGCGUCCCGUCUGCAUUGCAGACUCUGGGCGCCGAGAUAGGGCAAGCUCGAGGGAAUGGGGCCGUAGCCGCAGGGCAGCCACCUGCAACGGGCAAUGCAGCGCCCGUAUUCCCCACGACAAUCGCCCCCCCGACGUCGAUUACUGCGUGGACCCUGUCAGACAUCUCCCACGAGACCCCGCCAUUGCCUACGGUCCUGGAUCGGGCGCUGGAAGUUGCCGCACUCACCCAUUCCGGUGUCGAAGCGGGCCAGAACUACGAACGAUUGGAGUGGAUCGGAGAUGCCUAUCUAUACCUGAUAUCUUCCAGCCUCAUCCACCAGACUUUCAAGUCCCUGGCCCCGGGCAAGUGCGCCCCGCUGCGGGAGAGACUUGUGUGCAAUGCUACUUUGAGCGGCUUCUCGCUGCGUUAUAACCUCCACAAGCGAGCCGAUUUCCCUGCCGAAUUCGACCUCGAAGGUCGCCGGGGGGGUUCGAAGGCGUCGAAGAAGGAGCGCAUCAAGGUCCUAGGUGACAUCUUCGAAGCCUACGUCGCCGCAAUCAUCCUAUCCGAUCCCGAGCACGGCGUGGAGCGCGUGUCGGCCUGGUUAAAGACCCUGUGGGCAAGUACCCUCGAGAGCCAGAUUCGGAAAGAGAUUGGACUGUCAGGGUCGCAGGCGGCAGGGGUGUCGGUAAAGACACAGCUGGCGAGAGCGAUCUCAAUACCGGGCGUCAGACUGAGGUACGAAGAUGUUGAAAAUAACAGGGAUAGGAAUAGGAUGGACGGGGACAGGGCUAAAGGCUUUUCUGUCGCCGUUUACCUCGAUGGAUGGGGAGAGACGAAUAAGGAGCUAGGAAGGGCCACUGCAAUAUCCAAGAAGGAAGCUGGGGAGGAUGCGGCGGAGAACGCGCUGGCAAACAAGCAGCUGAUGCGGGUGUAUAUGGCCAAGAAACAGGAGUAUUUGGCUGCACAGGGGAGGUAAAUGAUAUGAACCUCCUAUGCUAACUAGCUACCUGCCUAGGUAGUCUUUUAUUCCGGAGCACCAGAGUCAACGUGCUUCUGAAUUGAUAUGUGUCAUGGUCCAGGUCCACGAACAUGAGUAUGUCAUUUACAGCGGCUU